UUUGUCUGUGUAUAUUUACUCGCAAGUCGCGACCUUCUCUCAGGUUCUUCCGUUACGCGAAAUCGUCGGAGAGAAGAAGAGAGAGAAUCCAUGGCGGAGGAAGUGGCACUUGAUUUGGACGAACUCAGGCAUCUUCAGACCAUCGCCAAGAGGCCUCGAGUUCUCAACCUCAUCAACUCAGAGAUUCGCAACUUGGAGAAGAUGAAAGAUUCUGCCAGUGGUUCAAUCACAGCAGCAGCAGCUCCUACACCGAUGAUUUCUUCUUUGGUUAAGCCUAUAAACCCAUCAGUGAACUAUGUAGCACUUGCAUCUUUUAGCUGGGAUCAGGACAAUGAUAAAGUCAAGAUAUACAUAUCUUUGGAGGGCGUUGAUCAGGAAAAACUGCAGGCAGAGUUCAAGCCAAUGUCUUUCGACGUGAAAAUCCAUGAUGUGAAAGGGAAGAACUAUCGGUGUGCCAUCCCGAAGUUGCAGAAAGAGAUCGUGCCCGAGAAAUGCAAAGUUCUCGUAAAGCCUAACAGGGUCAUCGUCACUUUGUUCAAGGCCUCUAAAGGAAACUGGCUCGACUUGCACUACAAAGACGAUAAGCUGAAGCCGAGCAUGGACAAAGAGAAGGAUCCAAUGGCUGGAAUCAUGGACUUAAUGAAGAACAUGUAUGAGGAAGGGGAUGAAGAGAUGAAGCGGACAAUCGCCAAGGCGUGGUCGGAGGCAAGAUCCGGUAAAACAUCCGAUCCUCUAAAGGGACUGUAAGAAACUACCUCUAAUACUAAACAGUAAUGGGCAGUCCUCUUUUUGGUGAUAUUUCUAAUUAGGGGCUUGAAUCUUUUGUCUGAAUUUGCUUGUGAACUUUACUCUCCUAUGGAGAAUCUAUCAAACACUCUACGCAGAUAGGAGCUUUUAUUUCAA